AUGGCGCUAUCCAACAACCUAACCGCAGUCCUGAACUUCAUCGCCUUUCUUUGCUCCGUCCCAAUCAUCGCAUCGGGGAUCUGGCUCGCCUCCCAGCCGGACAACGAGUGCAUCCACUUCGUCCGGUGGCCGGUCGUCCUCCUCGGCCUCCUCGUCCUCGUCGUCUCUCUGACCGGCUUCGUCGGCGCCUACUGGUACAAGGAGACACUCCUCGCCUUCUACCUCUGCUGUAUGGCCAUCCUCAUCGCCCUCCUCCUCACCCUCCUCGUCUUCGCCUUCGUCGUCACCCGGCCCGACGGCGGCUACGCCAUCCCCGGCCGCGGAUACAGGGAAUACCGAAUCGAAGGAUUCUCGUCCUGGCUGCAAGGUCACAUCGUCGAUUCGAAAAAUUCGGGCGCGAUUCGCGCUUGCCUCGCCGAGAGCGACGUCUGCUCCAGGCUGACACGGAUGGCGCGGGGCCCAGGCUAG